AGAUCUGAAAAGUCCUACAACAAAGUCAUGGAGAAGUCUUCCAAGCCACAGAAAGACUUUACAUACUCGGCAAAGCAACAUGGGAGACCUAAAGAUAAGACACAAGUUUAUGAAUGCAACAGCUAAACUGUUAAAUGGGCAAUUGUCGGGGGUAAAAGAGUUGAUUCGACAAUCUCUAGAAGCCAAAAAGUUUGCCUACUGCCCCUACAGCAAGUUUAGAGUUGGGGUGGCACUCCUGACACAUGAUGGGACAGUUUUUACAGGGUGUAAUGUGGAAAACACUUGCUUCAACCUGGGAAUCUGCGCAGAGAGAAUUGCCAUCUCAAAAGCCGUAUCAGAGGGCUACAGGGAUUUCAAAGCCAUUGCGAUUGCAAGUGAUAUGUGUGAGCACUUCAUUUCUCCUUGCGGUGGCUGCAGGCAGUUCAUGAGAGAGUUUGGUGCUAAUUGGGAUGUGUAUUUGUCCAAACCAGACGGUUCCUAUGUGGAGAUGACAGUUGAGCAGCUGCUGCCCAUGUCUUUUGGUCCAGAGGACUUAAAAAUGAAGAAAGUGAAUAAUAAUUGGAAUGAGUGCUAAUGACUGAGGUAAUGGAGCAAGAGAUUUCAACUGGGGUUUCUUUAAAAAGAUACAAAUACUCUGUAUAUUUCCAUACAUUUGUCAAACAUUGUAUUAUAGGCACAUUUAUGUCCAUUGUUGUUUUUAACAUUAUUAAUAAAAGUUAUCAUAAAGUGUAAAAAA